AUGGCCUCUUCAAACGAAUAUACGGAUGAACAGCUGAACUUUUACAGAAUUUGUUAUGUAACUACUGAUAUACUGGCGGAGGGUCUGAGAGAAAUAUUUAAACGAGAAUGGGACAAACUGUACAAAACAACAAAAGGAGAAUGGAAAGACGAGCCUCGCAAUGGAAUGGACUUUUAUAGUGGAGAGUCUCCUCGAAAUCAAAAUAGAAACGCUCAUCUUUUGAACACCAUGAAAAACGGAAACAGAGGGGAAUGGGAUUGUACAAUGCUUUUUUACGCUAUCCUUUUCUCUGAUUGCGUCGGGCCAGGUCUUAGCGCAAACGUCAGAAAAAAUAUAGAUGACCUACGAAAUUUCAGGAAUGAAGAAUUCGCUCACAUGCCGCAAGGUAGUCUCUCUGAAAUAGAAUUUAAGAAUGCUAUUAGCAAAGUUGAUGUUGCGUUUCAAGCGCUUAGUCUUCCCACAGUAAAAAUUCAAGACCUAAGAUAUCAGAAAACUUUUCCAACAAAAGAAGUGGAUAAUUUGAAACAAGAAGUUCAAGAAAAGGAGAGUCAGCGCCAGGUCCUUGAAGAUCAGCUCCAGAAUGAAGCACCCUCAUUUUGUGUUCUCCCUCCUAAACCUUCGCAUGAAAUCGGUGGUCGUGAAAGCGAAGUAGCCAACAUAGUCCAACAGCUGAGGGAACUAAAUGAGUCCAGUGACAACAGGGUGAGUUAUCUAUACAUCUCAGGGAAUCCUGGAAGCGGCAAAUCACAGCUAGCUGGCCUUGUAGCUGAGAGAUUCUUUGUCGACCUCAAAGAAAUGCAAGGUGGGUCUUCAUUUGUAAUGACCUUAAAUGCUGCAAGUCGAGAUUCACUUCUGGAGUCGUAUGCCUCAUUUGCUCGCCAUUUAAAGUGCCCAGACUAUUCAGUUGUGAAAACCCUCAGCUCGAAGGACUCAACCGUGGACGAAAAGAUCGCUAGUCUUAAGGUGCUUGUCGCUGUAAAAAUUACCUGUUACACGUCGUGGCUACUGGUGGUUGACAAUGUCACCACUAUGUCAUCUGUGCAUGUCCAUUUACCACAGUUUGAAAACGAGGCUUGGGGAAGUGGCCAGUUGCUGAUUACGACCCAGGACACAACAUCAAUUCCCUCAGAAAGUUCUUUUGUGAAGCACAUCUCGGCAAGCAAAGGUAUGGAGCCCGGCGACGCUUGUUCAUUAUUGUCCAAGCUUUCUGGUAUCCCAGAUAGCGAACUGGUGGGAACAGUAGCACAACGACUGGACUAUCAACCUCUUGCUAUAGCAGGCGCUGCCGUCUUUGUUAAAGAGAUUCGGCAGGACAAAGUAUCAACGUAUUUUGGGUGGGAGGAAUAUCUGAAGAUCUUAGAAAAAGGCGAAAGACAGAAAACGGAGGAUACACUUGUCAGCACCAAUCCAAUUUAUCCAAAAUCAAUGACCAAAGCAAUAACGUUAGCCGUGGAAACACUGAUUAGAUCCGACAAAAUUCAAAAACACCUUUUCACUUUUCUUGCCCUCUGCGCUCCACGACCAUUGAACGUCGACAUAGCAGUUAGUUACAUCAUGAACGCACAUGAAGAGUUUCAAGAAGCGGACAAAGAAUUAAUUCGUAUGAGAUUAAAAAGAAGCUCACUUCUGCUGUUCCAAGCUGACGAGGGUGGCUGUUUUAUUCGACUUCACCAGGUUGUGCAUGAUGCUUUAAAAACUGUAACAGAAGAGUGUGUUGCAAGCCAAACCGAUGAGGUCGUUAGUUGGGUUAUUACAUCAUUCAACGAAUUUAUCGGCGCCACUGCACCAGAGAAUAAGAGGCUGAACACCAGACACAUCGCUCCACAUUUGAAAGCUUUAAUUAUGGUAACUGACAAAGUGUUUUUGCGAAAUAAUUUUUUUCCAGUUCAUGAUAAGGACAUUUCCGAAAAAUGCAAAAACCUUGGAAAUAUUUGUCAAAUGCAUUGUGAAUUCGAAGGAGCAAAAACAUAUUUUGAAUAUUCACACACUUUUAAGCUUCAAGAGCUCGGCCCGGGACAUGCUGAUGUUGCAGUAAGCUACGCGACUUUAGCUUCAAUUUGCCAGGAAUUAGGUGACUUCGAGCAAGCCAAGGAGUAUCAGCAACGCGCUCUAGACAUCGAACUGGACAAGUUCGGCCCAGAACAUGUUAAUAUUGCAAGAAGCUACAAUAAGUUAGCUUUGAUUUACCAGGAUUUAGGUGACCUCGAGCAAGCCAAGGGGUAUCAGGAACGUGCUUUAGCCAUCAGACUGGAGGAGUUGGGCCCGGAACAUGUUGAUGUUGCAACAAGCUACAAUAACUUAGCUUUGAUUUACAAGGAUUUAGGUGAACUCGAGGAAGCCAAGGAGUACCAGGAACGUGCUAUAGCCAUUUACCUGGAAAAACUGGGUCCGGAACAUGUUCUUGUUGCAAAAAGCUACAAUAACUUAGCUUCAAUUUACCAGGAUUUAGGUGACUUUGAGCAAGCCAAGGAGUAUCAGCAACGUGCUCUAGACAUCGAACUGGAGAAACUCGGCCCGGAACAUGUUGAUGUUGCAGUAAGCUACGGGAAUUUAGCUUCAAUUUACCAAGAUUUAGGUGACCUCGAGCAAGCCAAGGAGUAUCAGGAACGUGCUCUAGACAUCAGACUGGAGAAACUGGGCCCGGAACAUGUUGAUGUUGCAGUAAGCUACGGGAAUUUAGCUUCAAUUUACCAAGAGUUAGGUGACCUCGAGCAAGCCAAGGAGUAUCAGCAACGUGCUCUAAACAUCGAACUGGAUAAGUUCGGCCCGGAACAUGUUAAUGUUGCGAGAAGCUACAAUAACUUAGCUUUGAUUUACCAUGAUUUAGGUGACCUCAAUCAAGCCAAGGAGUAUCAAGAACAUGCAUUAGCCAUCACACUGGAGAAGCUGGGCCCGAAACAUGUUGAUGUUGCAACAAACUACAAUAACUUAGCUUUGAUUCACAAGAAAUUAGGUGACUUCGAGCAAGCAAAGGAGUAUCAUCAACGUGCUCUAGACAUCAAUCUGGACAAGCUCGGCCCGGAACAUGUUAAUGUUGCAACAAGCUAUAAUAACUUAGCUUUAAUCUACAAGAAAUUAGGUGACUUCGAGCAAGCAAAGGAGUAUCAGCAACGUGCUCUAGAAAUCGAUCUGAAGAAGUUCGGCCCGGAACAUGUUAACGUUGCAACAAGCUACACGAUUUUAGCUUCUAUUUACAAGGAAUUAGGUGCCUUUGAGCAAGCCAAGGAGUAUCAGCAACGUGCUCUAGACAUCAAUCUGGAGACGCUCGGCCCGAAACAUGUUGAUGUAGCAACGAGCUACACGAAUUUAGCUUCAAUUUACAAGAAAUUAGGUGCGUUUGAGCAAGCCAAGGAGUAUCAGCAACGUGCUCUAUACAUCGAACUGGACAAGCUCGGCCCGAAACAUGUUAAUGUUGCAAAGAGCUGCGAUAACCUAGCUUUGAUUUACAAGCAUUUUGGUGAUAUUGAGCAGGCCAUGCAGUAUCAGAAAUUUGCUCUGGCCAUCAGAGUAGACAACGACCGGCGUAACAAAGCACCAAAUAAGGUUAGGACUGGUAACAGACGCAAAAAACUCUAUUAUGAAAAUUAUAUUUCUUAUAGAAAGAUUUUACGCAGUCUUGAAGGUUUAUCGCUUUGGUAUUGUGUCUUUGCAAUUUGUUAAAAUCUAAAAGGCUGAAAUUUUUAGGGUUUUUUCGAUAGUAGCAGUUUUUUCGAUGGUUGCGUCUUAAACUUCGAGGAUCUUCUUUGCAUCAUUUCUUCCGCAGUUCCAGUAUAUGAAAUUCAAAUAUUCUUUAUUAAUAAUUUCAAUUUGAUAAACUCAAAAACGUUUUACCUAUACUAAUUAUGGAAUCGAUAUUUGGGACGCUGGUAAAACACCUCUUAAUUCAGGUUUGACUGUAACAGUUUCUGUUUACACUCUAUUCCUGCCUUCUGUAUCUUCAAGUUUCUUCUAAUGAAAAAAAUCUCUUAGUCCUUGCAGAUUACUCAUGAAACUGAAAGGCAUUUAUCACAAUCCAAGAAAGAAGAUGAUGACGAUGAGGAUGAUGAUAAAGGCAGUAGUAAGGAAUUCGAAGGUAAAGCAUGCCACCAGGCGCUCCUGUUUGCCGUUUAUGGUCAGCCCAGGCUGUAGAAAAAAACGUUUUAUCUACUUAAAAUAAACGAGUUCAAAAUGAACUAGGUGUUCCACUGAUCGGAGAUACCAAACAUAUAGUGCGGUUACACUAGAUCUUUUCCCCCCAAAGCUCCCCUUGGGGAAAUAGUUUGGGUUGGGUUCACACUGGGUAAUUGAUCACUUUCAUGUUUGCGGUUACACAGUGAUGAAUUGCCCAAAGGGAAGAAAAAAAUUGAGCCCAGUUUUGAGGGAAACGUGGUUGUAAACAUUAAAGGCUCACAUAAUCGUAUCAAGAAUAAAACCCGCUCAACAUCAAUUAACCCUCUGACGUGCAAGUGGGGGGAUGGCUGUCACAUCCCGCCUAAGGGUUUUCUGGUUUUUUUUCCUAGAAGAUAAAACAUCAGCACCUGAAGUUUUCUCUAGCUGUUCUUUUAUCCCUCGCACGCAUUUUGAGACAAGUUUAGUGAUGGUCAGUUUCUAUGGUUACGAGAUAUGACGUCAUAAGUAGCAGGUGGUCAAGCCAUUUUUGAGUGAAAAUGCUUGUUUUUUCAACUUCUUUUAAGAAUAAAAGUAAAGCUUAAUAAUUAUUUAUGCGUUAUUUUAAAUGUUAUGUGCAAAAAAGUAUUAAAUCUCGCUGUUUUUAACUGAUUUCUAAUUAUUGAUAAAAUCCAAGAUGGCGGCCAAGACGGCGACCAUUUUUGGUGACGUCUCAAAGGCUUUCCACUGAAGGGAAAAUCGCUGCGAAAUACUGCAACAUAUCGAAAACGCAAGGGCGGAGGUGGGGGGUAUGACUUUGCGUGUACGUCCGAGGGUUAAGCUUAGCAAGAGCGAUUCAGCCUUUAAUUUUGAGACUAAAAAGGAAGACGUUGACUUCAUUUUUCUUAAAGAAAGGCAAAUUCUCGCUCAGGCCCCGGGCCCGGUUGCAUAAAACGUCCGUAACAACUACGGGUAUACGUACGUGCACUCGUAACUUAAGUCAGUUGCAUGAAAUCACUUUAGUGGGCCACUUAGGGAAUUCACUCAAGUGGUUGCACUUACGAUUUUCGUAAGUGUUCACUUAAGUGUCGUUUAUGCAACAGAAAUUGCGGGUGUUGCAUAAAACUUUUUUUACGGGAAAAAUAGCACGUAAAUUUACGGGACCUAUGUAGGUCCCGUAUCGUUACUGUUUUUACUAAAUUUAACAAGAUCUUUUACUGAGAGUGAAAAAAAGUAAUUUUUCCUCACGUAAUUCGUAGUAAUGCGCUUUGUUAACCUUUUAUCUGCACUUUAAAGCCGACUUUGUGAAAAAAGAAGAAGAAUUAUCAUUUCCAGUAGACAUUGAAGAAAAAUAACGAUUGCAUGCAAAUUUCAUUUUUUUGAGAGGCUUAAACGUGUUCGAAACGACUUAAAAAUUUCUUUACACUCACCGAUGGUUAGCUAAAAAAAAAAAGAGUGAGUCAUUAAUAAAGUACUAUAUCAAGGUUACGUGUGCCCUUAAGUGAGCCCGUAAGUUACCACGUAAAACAGAAAAUUACGAGAGUGCUAAGUGCGUUCCAUGCAACACCCUUAAGUGUACCCAUAACGGAUUCGUAAGUGACCUACUUAAGUGGGCACUUAAGUGUAGGUUUUAUGCAACCGGGCCCCGGUUCCUGGAAAGCCGAUUAUCGCUAAUCCAGGUUUAAAUAUCGCUAAACGCGGAAUAAGUUUUUUGCGCUAUAUUUUUUUAGAAGCAGGCGGUCGGAAAACUCGUUAAACCGUUUUUUUUGGCGGGAUAAUUUCGCUUUCAGGAACAACUUUUUAACCCACGAUUAGUUAUCCGGGGAAUAAGAAAUUUAAUCGUGGAUUAACUGCUAAUCGGAAGAUAGAUUAAUCGGCUUUUCAGGAACCGGGGCCAGAAGUCAAAAGUACGGACUUACAAAAGUGUUUGCAACGACUUUAUAAGGAAAUAAUUCUUGAACACAUGUGAAGAAAACUUACGAAUGCUUCAAGGUGUUUUUGAAUUUAUUAAGUGUAAAAUACAGAAGAACAUUAACAUCAGCGCUCAAAAUCCUGCUGAGGUUUCGAACAUUGACUCCAGUUUCGCGUAAGACUUGGCGCUAAGACGAACUCGGCACGUAAACAACACGUGAUUUCUACUUUUUGGUAAGUUUCAAUCUCUCGUGAUUGGUUGAGCCGUUUUAGGUUCUUAUUAACCAAUAGAACUUACCUCGGGAACUGUCAUGGGUUAUUCUUUUAUUCAUAUUGAUGUAUCCAUGGAAAUUUCCCCGAGGCAAUUUCACCUUGAGAAAAUCGGUCACACACAAAAAGUUGCUUCCCCGAAGGGCAACAGCCAUUUGCCCAUAGGUAAAAUGGGUAGUAUAGGCGAAACUAUAUUAGGUCGCAUAAAAAAGAUAUGUAAUGGUAAACGUUUGACUUUCCUUGUAUCUUCUGCAUUAGAAGCUGAACUACUCGUUCCUUUCACGGACAAAAGAGCUAAGAGAGACAAGCACAAUGUUGGACAAAAAAUGCAGAAGAAGGCUAAGAAAGGUUCAGAUAUUUUGACUCUUUAAUCCCCAAUAUCUGUCUCUGUAUGUAUGUAUGUAUGUCACUGCUGUCUUUGCAAGUUUACAAUUGACCACAGUACCUCUUUGAUUCUCUUAUCAUCGUCAUCAUCAUCACCACCACCAACAUCAUCAUCAUCAUCAUUAUUUUGUUAUUAUCAUUUUCAUCACAAACACAUGUAUUGCAUUAUCUGGCUCAUUGUUUCUUUUGGUACGUUUCAAUCCCUGGUGAUUGGUUGAGCCUCUUUAGGUUCUUAUACUUUGUAGAACUUACUUUGGAAACUGUUAUGGGUAGUUAAUUUAUUCGGAUUGAUGUACCCAUGGAAAUUUCCCCGAGGCAAUUUCACCUUGGGAGAAUCGGUCAUACACAGAGAGUGUAGAGUUGCUUCCCUAUAGGCCCGCACAUGUUUAAGGUCGCAUAAAUAGGAUAUGCAAUGGUCAACGUUUGACUUUCUUCGUGCAUUAGAAGCUGAACUACUCGUUCCUUUCACAGACAAAAGAGCUAAGAGAGACAAACACAAUGUUGGA